AUGUUAUCGAACUUAUUGAGAAAUGGAGAGCUUCGUGCAGGGAACUCUAGCGCAGACAGCUUUACCUCAAAACUUGCUCCAGCUCUUGAUAUCGCGGUUGGAUUAAUCAUAAUGUCCAUUGUGAUACUGUCAGUUCUGGGGAAUGGAGUCGUGUUGGUCAUCUCGUAUCGCCGCAGGAAGAAGAUAGCCGGUUCAGAGCUGCUGUGUGUCAAUUUGGCGGUGGUUGACUUUCUUUGCUGCAUCUGCUUCUACCCACUGUCCAUCCUGUCGUCUUUUAGCCACGUAUGGCUGGGACGUCACAUUACCUGUGUGUAUUAUGGUCUGGGCUGCUACAUCUUUGGCCUCUGCGGCAUGUUUACCAUUGCCGCCAUCAGCGUCAUUCGCUACAUCAAGACUUGUUAUGCUAUCUGGCUUGAAGGAGUCAACAUACGCCUGGUUUGUGUAGCCACAUGGUUAAUUGCUGCUGUUUGGUCGUCCUUUCCGCUGUUCGGAUGGGGCGAGUACGUGCCUGAACCAUAUGGCAUUUCUUGCACCAUAGCCUGGCGCCGUUACCAUACAUCCACAAAAGAUGCUAUUUAUGUGAUCUGCUCCUUUGCCUGCUUCGUGCUUCUUCCUGUCCUGCUUAUCAUGGUCUCACAGUGCAAAAUCUUGCUGAAGAUCUAUCGCUUUUCACGCACACUUUCUGCUAGAGGCAUUCACUGCAACCUCCGCCAUGCAGAAAAACACCUUUCUGUGAUGUUUUUCUGCAUAAGUUUGGGCUUUAUCCUUGCCUGGGCUCCCUACGCUGUUGUUUCCUUCCUAUUCAUCUUCCACAAAGACGCUCAGUAUAUGGCACCAGAAGGCUUCAUCUUCCCUGCACUAUUUGCUAAAAGCUCCCAUGUCUACAACCCGUUCAUUUACUUUUACUUCAAUAAAGCUUUUAGACAGGAGCUGCGAAACCUUCUAUUCUCAUUGUUCCCGAAACUUGCCCUCAACCGUGUUGGAGUGUACACAGACAAUGGUGUUCAUCCCAUUCAGAUCCAACUACAGGAGCAGGCGGUGGCUCGUGCUGGUAGAGGACCUAACCUACUUAGAGACCAGAGUGACCAAAACCCAGGUCUCUAUAGUCAGAUGAUCUGCUGGGUCUCCAAGGUAGAAGUGACACCCAGCAAUGGUGAGCCGAGAGUUGACUGUCAGUUUUUACCAACCUCAACCUAA